UACUGACAAAGAGGCGGUGUUAAAUUCCCUCCGUAUAAAUAGGUAAAGCAGCCAUCAAACGCUUGCUCUCUGCCCCGAAAGAGAAGGUCCCCGUCGUGGUACUGUCCAGUUUAAUUCUCUAGUAAAUCCUAACAAAAACCCGCAAGCAUGAGCAGGAAAUUCUUUGUCGGUGGAAACUGGAAGAUGAAUGGAGACAAGAAAAGCCUCGGGGAGCUCAUCGAGACCCUGAACGGAGGAAAGGUGGACGCUAAUGUCGAGGUGGUGUGUGGCGCUCCAUCCAUCUACCUGGACUUCACCAGGUCCAAGCUGGAUGCCAAGUUUGGUGUGGCAGCUCAGAACUGCUACAAGGUUCCCAAGGGUGCCUUCACUGGGGAGAUCAGCCCUGCGAUGAUCAAGGACUGUGGUGUGAACUGGGUGAUCCUGGGACACUCUGAGAGGCGCCACGUCUUUGGAGAGAGCGAUGAGCUUAUUGGUCAGAAGACGGCUCACGCUCUGGAGAACGGUCUCGGCGUGAUCGCCUGCAUCGGUGAGAAGCUGGAUGAGAGGGAAGGAGGCAUCACGGAGAAGGUGGUGUUUGCUCAGACCAAAGUCAUUGCAGACAAUGUAAAGGACUGGAGCAAGGUGGUGCUUGCUUAUGAGCCCGUGUGGGCCAUUGGUACAGGCAAGACCGCCUCCCCGCAACAGGCCCAGGAAGUUCAUGAGAAGCUGAGGGCGUGGCUGAAGACCAACGUCUCUGAGGCUGUAGCUAACUCUGUCAGGAUCAUUUACGGAGGCUCUGUCACUGGUGCCACCUGUAAGGAACUCGCCUCCCAGAAGGACGUUGAUGGUUUCCUUGUGGGCGGAGCUUCCCUCAAGCCUGAGUUUAUUGAGAUCAUCAACGCCAAGGCGUAAAAUCCCAGCAGCGUCACUUCCAUUCAGAUGAUCUGGUCCCCUCGCCCCUUAACCUCCAGUACUUCUUCCUUGUCUUUAUUAAAAGUAUUCGUGUAAUGUUGUCAUUCCUCCUUUUUUCUUUAGUUUUAAUAUUAAAAAAAAAAGGGACAGGCUGACACGUUCACCAUUCUGCACUGAUGAUUCUACUGAGAACGGCCGAACGAACUCCCACACCAAGUGCUCAAGCUAAAGGCUGACACCUAGAGGUGGACCGACUGUCCACGCCUUCACUUGAAACGUUUACAACCUUUAUUUGUGCGAACAGGGUCACCGCUCUUGUCGAUCACGUUUACUCGCCUUUGUACCGUUGUCUGUUUAUUUUUGUGGAUCUGUUACUUUGACCUCCCCGUAGAUGUGCACGAUGUGCUUCUCGUGUUGCCGAGAGGAUCGUACCUGUCGCGUUAACCUUUCUGUGUCACAGCCGAAAUGUAAACGAAGUGGAACGGUUUUGAGGAAAUAUUAUAAUAAAGAGUUUAGAGACUG